UCUGCGCCUGCACUCGGCACUUGGCGGACAGACGCGCAGGCAGCGGUUUGCUGCUGCUGAAAGCCUCGGGGUUCAGUCCAGUGCAGUGCAGUCCUGCUCCAGUGUCUGUCUGUGGAACACUCUGGGAUUCCUUCAGUGCUUGGUCGGGGAUGCGCAUCUGGACCGGAGACUGUCCCCGGGACAAUUACGCGUCGAGGCGCUCCGCUGUACCUUUCCCUGCCCCCCCUGUCUCCACAGAGGACAUAAUCCCACCAGCUGAGGACAGUGUGGACAUUGUGACAGAAUGGCAGGCGCAAAGUGCCUUCUGAAAACACCGAGUAACUUCCAGUCGUCUGCCAUGUUUGAAGGCUCUGAGUCUGUUGAGGCGGAUGGAGGCAGCACAGAGAGUACCGUCGCCUCGUCCAUCAGUGCAUGCAAGAAGGUUUUGUGCAGUAACAGUGUGUUGGACUCAUCUGAGUUCUGGUUAAGGAAUGAGAAAGCUCUGUGCAGACUAGGCCUGUUGGACGACGACGCAGAAGGCAGCUGCACGAUGAUCUGCUUUGUGAAUUUUGACUCACAAAAAACAGACUGUCGUGAUGACAAAAGCAUCAAGCGCUCAGCAUGUCUCCUGCAGAAAUUGGCAUCGGUGUCUCCAGACCUGCCAAGGCUCGUUGAAUUACUGACUGUCCACCAACCGAAAGAAAAUGAGAUCCUACUGCUUGGUGGCCUAGAAGCCUCAGAGCCUUGCCAAACACACCCACAUUCUCCCUCUCAGGGCCAGCAGCAGCGGAGUACAGGUGUGUGCCUGGUUCAGUGUUCAGGCCAGAGACGGUCCACUCAGCCUACCAACAUCAUAUUUGAGAUCAACAAGUUCCUGAUCGGUCUGCAGUGGGGAAAGGAGCGUCAGCAUCAGCAGACCCGGUCGGCCACGCAGAGAGCUGAAGAUGACACAAAUCGCUCCAUCUCAUCCAUAGAAGACGACUUCCAGACCGCCUCAGAACACUUGGGGGAUGACAGCGAGGAUGACGGCUACAGAAAUGAGUCAGAGAGUGGUGACCUGGCCGAGACCUUGACGGAGGUUGCACAAAAACACUGUGUCAGACUUGCGUGUCAGAGGGGACAACUGGCCCAUCACCAGAACAAGGAUGACAAUGAGAUGAAGAGGGAAGGGCAUCAGCGGGCGUGUGUCCACACAAAGGAAUCAGCUGGACACUAUGCCACCAAUCUGGCUGAGUCAGUGCUGCAAGAUGCCUUCAUUCGCCUCUCUCAAGAUGAAACCUCUUUUGUGUCUGAAGCUGCUGUCAGUGUGUCUUGCUCCAGUCGUUCCUCCAGCUCUACCGGUCCUUCACAGACAAAAGGGCCUUCCCAACAGCGCACCUGCUCGUUUGAACUUCCCAAGAUCGUCAUAGUUCAAAGCCCAGACAGUUCUGACGGGGCUGCAGAAUGGUCUGACAUCCAUGUGUCUCAUGUGCCUGACAUGGAUAUCACUGCUGAGGAGGCAACAGAAAAUGGGACACAGGCUCAAAUCCCCCACCACAAUGGAGGACACUCAUCUAAAAAGGUAGAGGUGGCUUUGGCCUGUGCUGCCAGUGUCAUUGGCACCAUUACAAGCCCACAGCUGACAGAGAAUCUCACACUGGAAUCAGCUUCAGAGGAAGACACAGAGGAGGAGCUUCAGGAACCAGAGGACAGAGGUGACUACUCAUUCUCCUCAGCCAUGUGUGGCAUGGCACAGGUGGCUGGUGCUGUAGCGGCGGUGGAGCUAACAGAGGAGUCAGUGGAAGGUGCAGAUUCUGAUGCAGAUUCUACAGAAGCCUACACAGCAUCCCGUGGCCUGAUGUCUGCUGCUGAAGCUUCUGCAGCCUUCACACUGCACUGCAGCGUCGCAGAGGGCACUAGUGUUGAAGCAUUCCGUGCCAACAUUGCUGAAGUUCUGCACAGGGAAGCAGCUGAGGUGCUGACUCAACCGCAAGGUUAUAAAAGUGUAGCACACCUUCUGGAGGCCACACAUAACAAGAUAGUAGAUGGCAUUACUUGUCCAAAAAAGUCCUACAUGGAUGAAAGAGAAGUGGAUGACUUAAUAAAUGAAGUGGCUGACAGCCUUUUUAAACAUGCUUUAGAAAAAGCAAAAAAGAAAAAAGAACUGGAGGGCACUGGGAAAGAUGCCCCAAGCUUUCAGGCGUGCCUGCAGGACAGUGUAAACAACUUGCUGUUUGAUAUUCUUUGUCUAACCCAGAAGAAAAUUAGUCACAUAUCUCUGUGUGACCGAGGAUCAUUCGAGUCACAUGAGGAUGACACAUGUGCCAACGAAUCUGCUACCAGUAAGGAUAGCAAGGACGCAUUAAGUAAAUUACAGUGCUUAGUUAGCUAUAGCCAGUUCACUAAUAGUGACAACCAGAGUGGCAUGAUACACUGUAUUGAUAAGCUUACCAGCCUAAAAGAGAAAUAUCCAUCAGAAGACAGGGAUCUUACUGCGUCACCCCCCUCAGCACACAGCAAAGACCAACAGCAGCAGUCUUCAGGCAGACAAAAUCUGUCUAAAUUAACCUCAUUGCCCACCAAGGAACUCUGUGAUCCCCAGAUGAUCCACCAGGGCACCGGUGCCAUCAGAGAACCUUUAAGUGAAAUCCCAGUUCACAGCACGGAGAGAAGAGGGUGGCUUAUGACAAGCAGUGACAGCAGACAGUCCUCUCUUACACCUCAGUCCUCCCUCAACUCAUGCAACUCCCUGUUUUCACUGAGAAUGGACUCUGAAUCCAGGACACCAAUUACCUGUUACGCUGAUGAUUUGGCAUCUACAGUGGUAUCUAUGGCCACGGAACUGGCCGCAAUCUGCCUGGAGAACUCGACUGGAAAGCAGCCCUGGUUCUGUGCGCUAAAGGGAGCGUCUACAGAUGGGGCAGAGACCUACUUGAUCCCUGCUUGCCGAACAGUGCUCAGGAGGAAAGAAGGACAAAGCAGCAAUGCUGCCUCCAAGAAACAUCGGGCACCACGUCUUAGUGAGAUUAAGAGGAAAACAGAAGAGCAACCAGAGCUGAUGGAACGCCUAGUCAACCGGGUAGUGGAUGAAUCAGUGAAUCCAGAUGAACCGCAGGACCCCUUUGCCCUAUUCGCUUCUGAAGUCACAGCCAGGAUCAUGAACUGCCCCGAGCUCAAUGUGGUAGACACGUCAAAAGCUGGCCAGCCACGCAGCAGGCUUCAGUGUGAGAGAUGGGGCCGAGGGAAGGCAUCUAGCUAUGAGAGUAUUCCAGAAGAAGAUGCAGACCCCUCAGGCACACCAAACACCCUGGGGCCUGGUAGCCGCUUAGGUCAGAAUCUCAGCCGAGGCAGUUCUAUCUCAAAGCAGUCAAGCUGUGAGAGCAUUACAGAUGAGUUCUCACGUUUCAUGGUAAACCAGAUGGAGACUGAGGGCAGAGGCUUUGACCUUCUGCUGGACUACUAUGCAGGGAAAAAUGCUAGCAGCAUCUUGGCUGCAGCUGUUCAACAAGCUGCAUCAAAGAAGAAUGGACAUCUUAAUGUCAGGACCACAUCCUGCCUGUCCAAACAGUCCAGUACAGAAAGCAUCACAGAGGAGUUCUACAGGUUUAUGCUCCGGGACAUGGAUAAGGAAAAUAAAGAGUAUGGCAUUGCCAAGACUAAAGAAUGGAGUAACAGCCUGUUCCCGCCUUCCCCUAGAUCACCUUUCUGUAUACGUCAGUCCUCUGUCCCAGACCGGCGCUCUUCAGACUCACGGCUGACUGUCAACUCACCGAUUAAAGCUAACUCUUUUGAUGGAUUUGCUCGAAAUGUGCACGGAGACACACUGAAUAUUUUUCCCACCAACUCAGUUUCAGCCACAGGACUGUGUAAGUCAGACUCCUGCCUCUAUCAAAGGGGUAAAACUGACCAGAUAACUGAUAUGCUGAUUCAUGAGACCUGGUCCAGCUCCAUUGAGUCCUUAAUGAGAAAGAAUAAGAUCAUUGCUGAUCCAGAAGACAGUAUUGAGCUGGAGGCUGCAGGAGACUCACAGCCCCAUGUGCAGCAGUUCGCAAAUCGCCUGGCAGCUGACAUUGUAGAUAUUGGUAAGUCUGCACUAGGCGGACAGCAAGACACAGCAGGAGCAACACCUGGGACACAGCCACAGCCACACAUGCCUGUUGGUGAAAGAAGGAGGGGAUUCAAACAGUCUCAUCUAAGUUGUAGUCGGAGCAAAUCAAGCCAGGAGCAGGCUGGCAAUGGAUUAGGGCCUGGUUGUAGAGACAGCAGUACACCCCGCAUGAGAGGGCCCAGAGAUGUGCCCCUGAUCCACAUUGAGGGAGAUCAGAAGGACGAGGAGACCUUACUUAACCCUGACAGAACAGCGGGGGGACCUGAGGAAACACCGCCAGAAACGGCAGCUCCUAAACGUACAGAGAGAGCAAACAGCAGCAGCAGUGAGAGGGACAGGCCAGCUGUGGCGGUGGCUGCAGUAGUGAAGAGGGACAAGCGUUCUAUGAGUGCUAGCAGUGAAGAGAGCAUGGGGAGCUGGUCCCAUAUAACCCCCGAGGAUGACCCCCACGAGGAGACCAGUAGUUUUAUCCAGCUGAGCGAGGGGAAUGGGACCAGCAGCGCAUCUAGCCUAGGCCUGGCAGACCUGGAGGCUUUUUCCGAUAUGCCCACUCAGAGCGCAGUAAUCAGGGAAGAGUCAGAGAAAGGCCACCCAUCAGUUACGAAGGAGCACGUCUUUGAGGGUGGUUCAGUGAAAGCAGCAGGGGGCAGCAGCAACCUCAGGGAACUGUUGGUGGUAAACUGUGACCUUGAACCAGAGUGUGUGGACUCAGAGCUGAGAGUAGCACUGCAGUGGAUUGCAGCUUCUGAGCUGGGACUUCCUGCUCUCUACUUCAGGAAGUCCAAAGAAAAAAGGAUCAUAAAGUUUCAGAAGGUGGUCCAUCUGAUGUCUCAGAAGGCGUGGCGAGUUGCAGACUUGUUCAGUGCUGUGCUUCAGUUCUGUAAACUGCAAGAGAAAGCUGAAGCAGAAGGCAGAUCCAGCCUGUUUGAUUGGCUGUUAGAAACCUUGUAAGGUGAUCCAGCCUCCUUGUUCAGCAAACAAGAGACUCAUGCUCACUCAUUGCUCACACCUGUAACAUGUUCCUAAAUGUCUGUCCGAUACCAUCUCCUCACACCAAGUGUCUGCAAGCUGACUGCAAAACCUGCGGUCAGCAUACAUAUGUACUACUACACACUGUCCUCAGUCCCUGUCUGUGGACGCUGGGGUUAUUGCCUGUCUGCAGCCUUGAAUGAACCAGUCUCCCUUUAAUACUUAAUGCAUGUUUUGUUUUCAGAUUUACAAAUGCAGUGAAACUCACACAGGCAUACAGAACAGACUAUAGGUAUACGGGUUGGACAUUCCUGAUGGGAAUGAACUGGCCUUCAAGAGAUUAUCAUCAGCAGGUUUUAACUGCUCCAGAUUAUAUAAAGAUAUAUAUCUAUAUUUACAGAUUCACACAGCCAAAUGAUGUUCUAUUUAUUUAUUUAUUUACUCCAAAUGAAAACAAAGCAAAGACACCAGUAGAAAACAGGGAAAUCAGGUUUAGUUCUCUGCACAACUUAAACCUUUUCUAACAAAACUACUUUGUAAAAGAGGCAGUUGAAAUUUAAGCCCUGACAAAUUAAUUUCACUUUCUUCUAAUAGCCACAUAGAAGUGCACAUUUGCUUAAAGUCAACAAAAUGUCCUUUUCUUUGUUGUGUUCACUGGCCAACAUACCACCUCUGUUGUGACCUUGAAACUCAGUUUGAAGUAAGUAUGUUAUAUUGUUCAUGUUACUUGAGAACAGAUUAUUUUGGAUCUCUGUACUGUAUAUACUGUAGAUUUGGAACUGCUGCACCUUGGAGUAGUAGAAUGCUCUCUUUAGCUUUUACUAUGUUAGUAUGACAGAGUAAGGUUUGUAAUGUUGAAUUUGUAUGUGAAUUUGGUCUGUUUAUUUCUCUACUUAGUGGUACUCUAGUGUUACAUCAGCAUUGGGAAAAAAAAAGCACACAAUUGAGCUGUAAACUCUGUCACCAUAGAACUGAAUGUAUUUAUCUUUUGACAUCAAUAAAUUUAUGUGAUGUGAAUAACA